GAUAAUUUUUGCACGGACAACUAGGCCUAAUACUACGUACCGUUAUUACAGAUGCUAACACAAUCAGACGGUUACUCGGGGCAGAAUUCUUGAUAGCUAGUAACAGUUAAACUCUCCGGUAAGUUCAUGCCAAACGAAGGUUAAACAGGUGACCAAACUCGACGUCCAGGACAUCAGUCACUCGGAUAACGACUCUUAUCCAGGUACUGUAUAAAUAGGUACAGAUAUACAGACACACAAUACUACACAACCAUGCCAGCAGCAGCAUCAAAGAAAACAGUGUUGGUUACAGGAUUUGGACCAUUUGGUGCCCAUACUGUCAAUGCUAGCUGGGUGGCAGUGCAGGAGCUGGACAAGCAGUGGAACUUAGAGGGAGUAGAAAUAUCUAUUCAGGAAAUUCCUGUGGAGUAUGACACGGUACAUAAAAUGAUACCUACACUGUGGGAGGAAGUCAAACCUUGUCUAGUGAUACAUGUCGGUGUAUCUGGAAUCGCAUCCAAGUUAACACUGGAACAACAGGCUCACAACGAUGGGUAUGACAAGAAAGAUGUUAAAGGAACAUGUCCAGAGAGGAACUGUUGUGUAAACGGAGCAAACAAUUGUAUUGUGUCGGGUAUAGACAUGCAAAAGGUUUGCGACGAAAUCAAUGACUCAGGUAUCGAAGUCAAGUCUACAGUGUCAGAAGACCCGGGAAGGUAUCUCUGUGACUUUUCCUACUUCUUAUCACUAAAUAUUGACAGAUCACGUUCUGCCUUCAUCCAUGUUCCACCAUUGGAUCAGCCAUACUCGGGGAAACAACUUGCACAGGGUCUGGAGGCAGCCAUUACAGCCAUGCUCAAGCAAGUGUCCUGAUAUCUGUUCAGGUGAAGGCCAUACAUAAGUGAUCUAAUUAUGUAGGUGUUGUCCCAUUGGAUUACUAUGUUAGCAGCAUAUUGCACUGGGAACAGUUACAUGUAUAAUGAUUCCAGCCUCAAGAAAAUAGAUGGUUUUGUGUCUUUUGUUCAAUUUUUUAAACAGGUAUACGUAAAAAUGGUCAACCAGAGAAAUUGAAAAUUUAACCAUAUAGACAAUCUUGUAGCUUUAUUGGUUUGCCAUUUUUUAUUCCUGAGUAAAUAAUCAGUUUAAGGAUAAAUUUAAGGAUGAAAUUAAUUUUUGUAUUAUUCAGACAUAAUUUAAACAGUCAAAGCUGUGAAGUGGUUUAUCCUUAUACUGUUAUCAAAGAUUGUGAUGUUUUUAACUUUAAAAAUGGUCACUUUUCUUUGAUAGUUUCUUACACCCCCACAUUGGUCAAGCUAAUGUAAUGUUUCUAUUUGAUCUCAAUUUCUAUAUGGUAUGUGGUGAUGCCAUAAAAUUGUUGGCCAAUGAGAAUGCCAUUUCAUAGAGGAUGAAAUUAUUUUAUAAAAGAAUUGAGAGUUCUGGAUCUUCUAACCAUAAAUGGUGCAAAUUUAGAUAAUUUGCUGACAAGUUUUAAAAUCUAAUUCACUUGUAAUGGUGAUUGUAUGAUUAUGGAGACAGCUUUAUCAAAAUUUAGACUCCAUUCCAUUCUCUUAUAAUAUAUACAUAUUUUUAUUGUUGUACAAAAUAUCAAGAAUAUUAGAAUACUAUUAGACAUCCUAGGAUUUUAGGAUUUACAAAUAAGUACCACACCUGAACUGACUAAGGAAACCUAGUUUACCAGAUCUGAGCUUCAGGUGACUUUGCAGUAAGAUAUCUAAAAUACUGGGACUCCUGAUGUUAUCUUAUCAAAAACAAGAUGGUGUUGAUUGUAACCUCUUCCCUCUGGUUUUACUCCAGCUUAAGGCACAUGUAAGUUGUCUUCUCACUUGAAAUUAGCAUUUCAGUGAUUUCUGUUAGAAUCACAUGAAUAUUCUGGUAAACUGUAUUAUUUUCAUAUGCCUGUUUUGAAAUAAAAGUAAGUUGUUUUGAAAGUUGUAGAUAUCAUGAGAAUAUAAAGCAUUAAAACAGAAUAAUUCACGUGUGCAAUACCUGGUAUGUCAAAUUAAUUUUCCCAUUUUACUGCAAAUCCAUAAAUAAACACAAUUUUAUGUUUUUGUUUCUUUUUCAUUUUGGUAAUAAUAAAAAUAUGUUCAACAACUUAUUUUUGCAUAGAUAUUCAUCAAUUUUAACAAAUUGUCAGUGAUCUAUGUAUUUACGUGAGUUGUCUACCUUCAUUAAAGACCACCAAUACGCCCUUGGAUGUAUAGGAUGUUUAGCUGAGUUUGUGUAUGAAGGAAUUUUUUACUGUUUGUAACAAUGUGUACCUGAUAAAAAAGGUUGUCUGAGCAAAAAUCUCUACAUUUUAUUAAUGUCUUACACAUGCAGUAAUCAGAAGUAAAUUUUUUAUAAAUUGUGGUCUCUUUGAUUGCUUCAAUUGAGAUUAGGAGGUGUAGAGCCAGUACUGUAAUGAAUUUACUGAAUGAAAUGAAAUCAUUCAGACUUUUAUCAAGACAGCAAACAUUGUAAACAUGUGGUCGGUGAUAGUAGGUAAGGAUUAUGUUAUUUUUUUAUGUUUAUUUAAGCCUGUGAUACUUAUUUUAUGAUUGACGUUAAGAAUAUAAUACAGCUUUAAUAAUGAA